GAGCCUUUUUGAUAUCGAGGACUAGGAUGGGGCCGCCAUCGUUCGCGCUGGAAUCGAUUUCCCUAAUGCAGCGCAGCUCAUCUGCUCCGGCUAGCUAGGCUAGCUGUCGCUAGUGUUGCUCCGUCGUUUCGUUUUGUCGCAGCACAGCUAGCGCGAGAGCUGAGUUUCGUCAGGUAUUUCCAUUUAGCUGUGUAUGUUAUCGCCAACUUACAAAAAACGGUGGAUGCCUGUUUAUUCUGAUCAUUGUUUUCCGUUUAAGUUAACGAUAUUUAUGUUAGACUGUCAAAAUGAACAAGUCAUGUGCAAGAUGUGAAAGGACUGUUUAUCCAGUGGAAAUGCUGAAAUGUUUGGAUAAGAGUUGGCACAAGGGCUGUUUUACCUGUGAAGCAUGUGGAAUGACCCUGAACAUGAAGAACUACAAAGGUUACAACAAGCUUCCAUAUUGCCAUGCUCACUAUCCAACAACAAAGUUUACCGCUGUUGCAGAUACCCCUGAAAACAGAAGACUUGCAAAGAAUACAAAAGCUCAGAGUCAGGUUGAGUAUCAGAAACAGUUUGUUCAAGAAAAGGGCAUGAAGAUAUCAGUGGCUGAUGAUCCUGAGACAAUGAGAGCCAAACAGAAUACCCAGAAUCAGAGUUCAGUUCUCUACACAGGACAGCUUCAGCAGAGAGAACAGAGUGAACUACAUCGUCCACCUCCAGAAACUGGCACAGUUCGCAAAGGGAACAUUCAUGUGAGGCAAAAUAACAUUCAAAGUGUGCCUGAUCCCUCCCAGUUGCCUGUCACCCAUCAUUAUCAACCACCAACUUCGCCUGAUGAUUACGAUCCUGUUCAUCAAUUUGAAUCAGUAACAGGAUUUAGCUUCACACCAUAUUCUGGACCACCAGGCAAGCAGCAGGCAGUUGGAUCAUUGUUUGAUAGUAAACCACAGACGGUCCAAUCACCACCACCGGCUGGUCAGAUGAGCAAAAAAUACUGUGCUAUCUAUGACUACACGGCUGCAGAUCAAGAUGAGGUGUCGUUUAGAGAAGGUGACCUGGUCAUCAAUUGGCGACAUAUUGAUGAGGGUUGGAUGACAGGAACAAUUGAAAGGACUGGCCAGACAGGAAUGCUCCCAUCUAACUAUGUACAGCUUGUAUAGUCUUAUUGUGUCCUCAUCUCUAUCUUCACAAUGCAAAUUUAUCAAAGUCAUUGUUAAUGUAGUUUUCAUAUUUGAUAAAAUAAAGCCAACCAGACAUGAAUGAGAAGAGGUGUUAACUAGCAACCAAAAUAGAAUAUUCAGUAAAUAUUAGGGCCUACAGUACAACUCAAUUCAUGGUAUGUGCCAUUUAUUAUUUGCAACUCAUUAUCGGUAUGACUUGAUAUUAAAGAAAAUAAAAGCCAUUUGCAAAUAAUUGGAAAGCCCCUUUAGGCUAACAGUAAUCCAAUAGUAGAUAUACUGACCAUGUCUUUAUAACAUUUUCCUGCCCUGAUUUCUUGUGAAACACAAGAUUAUUGCCUGCAUGAUAAUGUGUGUCGAAACCAGGGUACGUGUGUGUAUUGUAGAUGCACAAAGCACUACUUUGCCAACGGGCCCACCACAUUAAAAUGAAAUUAACAUGUUUUCACAUGACUUUCAAGCUGUUUAAGAGGUUAUUUCUAAAAACAAUCAAUAUGAUAAUGUAAAAACAAAGAACCACUCUCAUUUUCUAGCUAAAUACUCAAUGGAAGUUAUUAUCAGUGAAACCCUUCAAUAGUCUUAUAAUGGAAAAAAGAGUUUCGGUUUGUGCUGUGGGAUAAAGUAGAAAGUAUUUAUAAAGUGAAAGUAAUGCUCUUUCAUUGAAAAUCAUAUCUAUUUCGAGAACAGUAACAGCUUAUUCAGACAUGGCAUAGUAGAGUCUAGUAUAAACAAAGCUACGCAAUAUUUUCUGACACAAAGUCAAUGAGAUUUGAAGCAAUGAUAUUGCAUAGCAAUUACAGACCUCCCAACUGUCCUGCUUUUGGGGUUACCUUCCCGCCAUUAUGAUUAAUUAAUUAUCCUUCUAAAUUGACAUUUCCAAUACUGUGCGUGUAUUGUGCAUGCCUGUCAACUUUUCUGUUUUAAUAUACAAUAUUUGUGAACCAAUCGGCGCACCAUAGCAUGAGAUUGCUUCAAUACAGCUCUGCAGCGUAUGUAGUGGGAGCAGCGCUUUCCCGCAUACACGUGCAUUUAUUGUCCUGCCAUGGUGCUUACUAUACAUUACCUGCAUGUAUAUGCACGGUGUAUAGCUCCGCUUACCACAUGGCGCGCCAUACGAGAAAAGAUUUUUACAGCGUGCGCAAUGCUUUAAUUUGGUGUAGACUGUGUAUGGGGUUGCAAUCUCUACACAGUAUCAGACAGAGUAAGGUUUUGCCGGCACUAGACCCCUGGGAUCUCAUUGUUUGUGCAUACUGUGGUCAAUACAACACCUACCAGGUUAUCUUUUUUAUUUACUGUGCCAAAUCUUUGGAACAGCAUUAUUCACAGAAUAUAUUAAAGCUUGUUUGUGGAUAAUCAAAGGAAAAGUAAAUUUCUUGCCAUUGCAUUUGCAUUGAAUAUUUGCAGCCAUUGUAUUCUGACUUAUUUUUGUACAUAUAUAAUAUAGAGUUAGAUACAUAUUCUUAUAGUAUUCAAUAUUAAUACAAUUUGUUUAUAGAAUAAACUUCAAAGAACAAAUUAAGUCAUUAUCAACAACAGGGUGCUUGCUAUCUCGAUAUAAUUUCCUUCCUUGCAAAAUGAAAAGGGAUACAUUUGCUUUAUGAAAGGCAGGAAAUAAACAAAAAUUAUUGUGACUCAUCCCUCAUAAAUUGACAUGUCUAAUACAUUUGUGAGCUCUUUAGUAAGUAAGGAAUUUGUCCAUUCUACUUCAUAUCAAUAUUGUUAAUUUCAUACUAAAUAGAAUAUAUCUCUAUUUUGUUUGAACCAUCCGCCAGUAUUGCAAUAAAAAUAAAUAAAAAUAAAGUCACAUUCUGGAUGGACAUUGUCUUGUCGUAAAAGCUAUUAAAAUCAUUUUCAAUUCUUUUGUGGAUGUCUAUUCUCGAUAUCUUCCUCAUAUAAGUACUACCAUACUUUUUAAUCUGGCAUGGAUUACUUUCAUCAGUCAUUUGUUAUUAUGCAUGUAUAUCAGGAUUUGUUUCUCUUCUUUAUGUAUAGAUUUUGUUGUCUCUUCUACUACCGUAUGUAAAUAGAUGUUUAGAUUAGAUAUGGUUAUAAGUAUUCAAAGACAACUCUCUGAUUUCAAAAUGAAAUCAUGUAUUUAACAUGCUUUCUUUUGGUUAAUGUGAUUUACAUGUCCUUUGUAAAUAUGGGUUAAAAGAACACAGUUUAGAUUACUUCCCAGUUUUGAAGUGCAACAUGGAUUUGGAAGAUGAUGUAGAAAAGAUUCCCCAUCCCAUCUUUACUCCUCUUGAGUCUUGAUUUUUCAAGUUUGCGAGACUCUUUUAUGUACUCAUAUAAAUUAUUGUGAGUCAUGACAGAUAGGAAAUUGAUUUUUAAAGAGACUUAUCUUUUAAGUAAAAAAAGGGAGAUAUAUCAUCUACAUGUUUAUGUACACAUAUGUAAUUUGCUCUUGAUGUACAGUAAUGUAUGGCAUGUGAGUCUGAGAAUAAAAUGAUUACUGAUAUAUCAGUAUUGAAUCCCCCCCCCCUCUACAAAAAACCUACAAAAACUCUUGAAAAUGUUUGAAAGCAAAUUUUACUUGAAAUCAAUCCAGAUAUAAUAUAAGUGAUUAAUUUUAUUAUCAUUUUAUAAUCAUAUUAAUUUCAUAAUCUUUAAAACCAACACUCAAGCUUAUUCAACAAUUGAGAGAGAAGAAAUGCAGCUAGGUGUUGAUAAUAUAUUUGUAUAUAGCUGGACUUCCUUUUUUUUCAUUAUCACAAUGAAAUUAUAGUAUAUACCUGUGUGUUACUGCUUUUUGUAUCCCAUUAUGUAAUUUCUCGAUGAAAUGAUGGCAAACAUACACAUUUUAGGAAACUGCAUUGCAACUAUUUUUGAAUCAUGAUUUUUUUUUUGAAACAGUAUACAUUAAAAUACAUUUUUAUCCAACUGGAA